AUGGGCUCGGAACCCGAGCCCCAGGCAACCCAGACGCCCUUCAGCAUCGCAGACAUCCUAGGCCCGCGCAGGGUCCCCCGAGGACCGUCGGCGGGGCCGCUCCCAGAGUUGAGCCCAGCUCCUAGGUCGCCUCUGUGCGCGCUGGAGGAGCUGACUAGUAAAGCUUUCCGCGGACCCGACGGGCGCGCCCCGCAGCCCUCCGAAGGCGGAGCGGCCCCGCGUGCUCCGGGCCUCGGCCCGGCAGGCCGCAGACGGCGAAAGUCACGCACGGCCUUCACCGCGCAGCAGGUGCUGGAGCUGGAGCGGUGCUUCGUCUUCCAGAAGUACCUGGCGCCGUCCGAGCGCGACGGGCUGGCGGCGAGGCUGGGCCUGGCCAACGCGCAGGUGGUCACGUGGUUCCAGAACCGGCGCGCCAAGUUCAAGCGCGACGUGGAGGAGCUGCGCGCGGACGUGGCCUCGCUGCGCGCGCUGGGACCCGGAGCGCGGGGCCGCCUGGCGCUGCAGGACGGCGCCCCCGGCCUCGGCCUCCCUCCGGGCCCCGCGUGGCCCGACUCCGGGCCCCACCUGUCAGACGAGGAGAUACAGGUGGACGACUGA